AUGGCGAAAAAAGCGCUCGUCUGCGGCACGUUGGCUGACGAAAUUGUGAUGGGGAUUCCAUUUUCACAGAAGGUUCCGAAUUUCGAGAGUCCGAACCGCUGCCGAUCCGCCUGUCCGCCUGUCUGGUUCGCACGGCACCUGCCGCCACCAAACACGGUCAUGAGCCUCUUCACCUUUGCGCCAUUCCGUGGCAUUCCCGGACGUGACAAAACACCAUACUAUAUGGGCCCAGCCGGACGGCCGGAAUCUUAUGAUGUGCCUUUAGUGAUGUGUCUCACCGGCGGUCCUGAUGCAUGGUAUCGACCGGCGGGGAAAUUUGCGGUGCACCCUGUCCUCUGGCAGCACAAGUUGCGGUGUACCAUGUAA